GGCGUAUUUUGCAGGAAUAUGGAAUAUGGAUCCUCUUCUUAAUACCAUACAAGCACGUGCAUUCGCCUAAAAAUUGCCAUAAUUCUAUCUCAAACUAGAUGUAAAAAAUACCAUCACGGCCUAAUAAACUCUCCCUGCUUCCACACCCGGCUUAAGCUUUAGACUUUACGUGCACCUGUACCUCAUCUUACCUGCAAAUAAAAAUCAGGUAACACUACGUACAAGUACAUACCGGUAACGUUAGGCCAGCCCUCGCCGCCGCGCCCCGCGCGAGAGAGCUAGAGCCAUUGGAGAUUGAGAUUGCAUUGAGAUGGCAUAUGCAAGGAGCUAGAGGCCAAUAAAUCAUUACGGUACUCUUGGUCAGUAUCAGGAACUAGUGUGAGGAUUUGGAAGAAGUUCUAGAAGAAGCCACCAAACUACUAAAACUUUAGGAGGAGAAUGGAUUCAAUAUUCCAUGAAAAGCAAGAGGGAUCACUGUGUGCCCAGCAUUGUCUAAAUUCUUUACUGCAAGGUUCCUACUUUAGUGCAGUAGAUCUUGCCUCCAUUGCUCAGGAUCUAGAUGAUGUAGAAGGGGCUCACAUGGCUGAAGGUGGAGUGGACUCGGUAGAAUACCUCAGGUUCCAAGAACAACCAUCCACAAAUAUGGAUGACAGUGGCUUCUUCUCUGUGCAAGUCAUCAGUAAGGCUCUGUUCGUAUGGGAACUUGUCAGUAUUCCCAUUGGUAGUUCAGAGGCUGGUAUAGCUUCAGUUUAUCCUGAGAGAGAAUGUGCCUUUAUAUGCAACUUUCGGGAGCACUGGUUGACGAUUAGGAAGCUUGGGAAUCAGUGGUUCAAUCUGAAUUCUCUGUUGACUGGUCCAGAACUGAUAUCAGAUACAUAUUUAAGCAUGUUCCUUGCUCAGCUGCAAAAGGAAGGCUACUCCAUAUUUGUGAUUCGUGGCAGUCUACCAGAGUGUGAAGCAGACCAGCUACUACGGCUCAUACCUGCCGUUCAGACCCAUCCACCAAAGCUCCUUUCCGACGACGCCCAGUCUUCAAAUCAGAAGGCAUCCACUGGGGUCGGUGUGACCCAGGAUGACCUUCAGAAGGCGCUAGAGGCAAGCAGGGGUUUUACCUCGGGGUACAAAGGAGACGACGAGCUUCAAGCUGCGAUACAACUAAGUCUACGAGGAACAGAAAAUCAAGUUUCAGAGGCAAGUGAACCUGUCAAUCAGGAUGAACUGAGGAGGAAAAGAGAAGCUUUUUUCAACAGACAAAACCCCGGGCCUACACAAUCGUCAGCUGCAAGCAAUCAGUCCACACCCUCAGAAGUGCCUUCCACGUCAAAAGAGGAAGAAAAGAGAGAACUCUCCACAGCCAAGGAGAGAGUUGAAAGCAAUACCAACAACUCUGCCAAGACCUCUAGCCCAUCCUGUACAGUCGUGGCUGAACAGGAAACGGGAGAACUACUGGACAGUGGUAUGACCGAAUCAGCCAUGUUAGAAGCAGCCAUCAAAAUGUCGAUAGAAUCAGUGGAACAGAAAACGUGAGAAUUAGCAUCAAAAUAGCUCAUAGUCAUCCAUGAUAGAAGCGUUUGGAAUGCGUGGAAUGGAAAACAAAAGAAGCUUCAGAAUAACUUUGCCAAGAAUUCUGCCAAAAAAGCCGUGUUAGAGGCUGCCAUCAUUACGCUGUGGAACGGAAAACAUGAAGAGCACCAUAAAAGCUGAAAUGCUGAUAAUUUCAUAGGAAUGUGUAGAAUGUAUGAAAUAGGAGAUGAGAGGAGAAGCAUCAGGAAUUGGGUACUUUAAAGCCCCACUGUCCUACUUGUAGCUACUUGCUCCCUCUAUAUAGAAAACUUCCCCAAUCGGUGCCUGUUGGUCCCCCAUGAUCCUCUAUUUCUUAU